GACGCAGCGGGGGCAGCGCGGGGAGAUCGCGGCGGCGGCGCGGGGAACGGACGCCCGGGCGCCCAGAGGCGCCGGGAUGUGGAGCGGCCAGCCCCACCCGGAGGAGGGCCACCCGCCGCCCCUCGAAGCUAUCCCGGUCCCCUGGAAGAGCGUGGGCCCCUGCAAAAGCCACAGGGAGUCCCCAGGAAGCCUGGCGGAGACCCCUGCAGGGGAGGAGGCCCAAGGCGAGGAGGGCCCUGCGGCCACCCGGCUGGACGUGUUGCGCCUGCGCAGCUCUUCCAUGGAGAUCCGCGAGAAGGGCUCGGAGUUCCUGAAGGAGGAGCUGCACAAAGCCCAGAAGGAGCUGAAGCUGAAGGAUGAGGAGUGUGAGCGGCUGUCCAAAGUGCGGGAGCAGCUGGAGGAGGAGCUGGAGGAGCUGACGGCCAGCCUGUUCGAGGAAGCCCACAGGAUGGUGCGCGAAGCCAACAUGAAGCAGGCGGCGUCAGAAAAGCAGCUGAAAGAGGCGCGGGGCAAGAUCGACAUGCUGCAGGCAGAGGUGACAGCCUUGAAGACACUGGUCAUCACGUCCACACCAGCCUCUCCCAACCGUGAGCUCCACCCGCAGCUGCUCAGCCCCACCAAGGCCGGACCCCGCAAGGGCCACUUGCGUCAUAAGAGCACCAGCAGCGCCCUCUGCCCCGCUGUGUGCCCCGCGGCAGGACACACCCUCACCCCAGACAAGGAGGGCAAAGAGGUGGACUCAACCCUGUUUGCAGAGUUCCAGGCCUGGAGGGAAUCGCCCACCCUGGACAAGACCUCCCCCUUCCUGGAAAGGGUGUACCGGGAGGACGUGGGCCCCUGCCUGGACUUCGCCAUGCAGGAGCUCUCGACCCUGGUACGGGCUGCCGUGGAGGACAACACGCUUACCAUCGAGCCUGUGGCUUCGCAAACGCUGCCCGCGAUGAAGGUGGCCGCCGUCGAGUGCGGCCGCACCAAUGGGUUCCGGGCCCCGAUUGACACUACAUGUGCCCUGAGUGGGCUGGCCUGCGCCUGUCGUCAUCGAAUCCGGCUUGGGGACUCUGCGAGCCACUAUUACAUCUCACCAUCCUCUCGGGCCAGGAUCACGGCCGUGUGCAACUUCUUCACCUACAUCCGCUACAUCCAGCAAGGCCUGGUGCGGCAAGACGCGGAGCCCAUGUUCUGGGAGAUCACAAGGCUGAGGAAGGAGAUGUCUCUGGCCAAGCUUGGCUUCUUCCCCCAGGAGGCCUAGGGCACGGCCCAGGCCUGGAGGGGACUCUGAGCUGGAGCCGACACCUGCCCCAGAACAGCCAGCCAGACAGGGGUCCUGAAGCCAGCCCUGAGCCAGAAGCUGAACAGAGGGACAAAUGGCCAGGCCGUGGAGGCAGCACUGAGCCGGCAACAAAUGUCCAUCCCGGGACAGGACCUCAGGAGGUGACCCUCUCUCCUCCCUAGUAGUACUACAACCACCAGGAGACUUCAAGAAAGCACCAAAGACCAAGGAGCUGGGAGUCGUACAAAGGGGCUCAGCCCUUGGGAGGGGAGCCCUGGGGCAGCCAGCACCCCCUCCCCAGUCCCAGGAGCUGCUGCCUGCAGGUGCCUCAUUGGCCAGAUCUCCAGGGUAUCUCCUCCGCCCCCCCCACCCGCCACCACCGCCUCCCUGCCAGUUCCCAAGCCCUGGGCAACAGCACCCCCUUGUGGCCAUCCUUCACCCCGUUGCCGGGAAGGCCCAGUGGGCCUGCUGUCCCAGGUGCCCACGGGGCAGCAGAGCUAGGAGGGGCGGGCAGGGCCUCCCUGGCUGUCUUCCACUCCAUCCUGUAUCUGCCUGAGAAUGACCCCAAAACAUUCUUAAGGGGGAUCAGGGGCCCUCCUCCUGCCCUCGCUCUCGACCUUCCUCCUCCCAGCCCGCUGAGCCAUGUGCUUCAGGGAACCUUGCCCCCACCACCACUGGGAGGAUUGGGGCACUUUCCUCCCAAAGUAAAACACAGGCAGGGCUCAGGACGCCCAGGCCUGUUUGCAGCUGCAGAUGGCCAUUCAGACAACAGGGGCUGAGGUCGCCCAGCCCUGCACACAGCACUGGGGUGGGGCGGGCAGGACCCAGGCCCCUCCUCACCCCUCACAGCCUACUCGGUACCGGGGUCCAACCUGGACACAUCCCUCACCACGUCCGGUUUCCUCCUCUGAAUGGAAUGUAACGCGAUCUCUAUUUAAUAAAGGACGGCUUUGUUGGUA